UACUUUCGCUUUAGAACAAACGCGAAUCUGCUGUACAAUACAGAUAUUUACUCGCCGUGGUUUCAGUCAGACUCUCACCAUCCUUGCCGCAUCAUGGCGGCAUCUGCUGGUGAUAGCGGCAUCCUGGAGGAAGAGUUGACGUGCCCUGUGUGUCUGGAGCUUUACCGGGACCCACACUUGCUGCCCUGCGGCCAUAACUUCUGCCUGCCUUGCCUGCGUAGACUCAAAAGCCGCUCGGACCGCGGUCGUUUGCGCUGCCCGGAGUGCCGUCAAAGCCACCGGAGCUCUGCCAACUGGCAGAAGAACUUCAAGCUUGCCAACAUUGCUGACCGUUUCCGCCGGCGCGGCCAAUCAGAGCUCUCCAACCCGAGCCGGAGUGACCCUUCCUGCAAACCUGCUGAGGUGCGUUGCGAUUACUGUCCAGAGGGCACUGGUGAAGAUGGGACAAGUGGCAUGGCAGUGAAAACCUGCCUGAAGUGUGAGGUGUCGAUGUGUCCGAAGCAUCUUCAACCUCAUCUGGAGCUCCCGGCGUUCCGUGAGCACCCCCUGGUGGAGCCGCUGGAUGACAUGAGGAAGAGGAAGUGUGGGGAACAUGACGAGAUGUUCCGCUACUACUGUUUGGAUGAGCGGCUGCUCCUCUGUAACGCCUGCACCAUAGAGGGAACGCAUGACAGACAUUCAAUCAAAACCCUGAAGAAUGCCAUGAAAGAUCUCAAGAGUUAUCUUGACAUUCAGCUGCUCAAGGUGAACAGGAAGAUCAGAAGGGUGGAAAAGAACCAUCAGGAACAAAAAGAGAUUGAACGGCAGAACAGGGUGUACCUCGACGAAACAGACCAGCACUUGAGUGCAUUCCGAGAGACUUCCAUUGCUCAUCUGGAUGCAUUUCUCUCUUCGCUGCGUGAAUGUGUCAGCACUUAUGAUGUGGAGCAGUGUUCUGGAAUCCAGCAGAAUCUGAGUCAGAUAGCACAAGAUCAGACUCGUCUGCAGGAGGUCCACUCAGGCCUAGAGAGGCUUCUAAUGGAGAAUGACCCAUUCCAGUUCAUUAGGGAUUACAAUUCAUCGGUGAAAAGGUACCGGAGACAGCUGAGAAAGCCUCUGUACUUCUCUGAUGAGCCCACAGUCGACACUGAACCGCUGUAUGAAACUAUGGAAGGAAAGAUGGGGGAUUUCAUUGCUGAACUACAGCAGCACGCCACCACACUCAUCAACACUGUCUGUGAAUUUGAUGGUGGAGAUGAUGAGGCAGAGGUGGAUGCUGAUGCUGAUGAUGAUGAUGAAGAUGAUGAUGAUGAUGAGGGAAGCCUUUAUGAAGACAUUGACAGCAGCAGUGAUAUAGAGGGUGAGGAGGAAAUGAGGAGUGAGGAAGAAGAGCAGAACCGCAGCGAGUCAGUAGAUGAUGACUACACUCCAGAGGAGGAGGAGGAGGAGGAGGAGGAGGAGGAUGACGAUGACUAGCACUGCAGAGUUUACAAAGCCAAAGACUGAUCCCAAACCAGCCACAAUCUCAUGUGUUCACACACAAUGUAUUUAUGAUGCACUGGAUUGCCAUUUGAAGUGUGUGUGCUGAGAGAGAGAGAGGAGUAUUAUACAGAAUGUUCUUACAGUUAUACAUUAUUUGGUAAAAUGUUUGUUUGUUGUUAUUUAAGCACAAAAUCUCUUAACAAAAAAUGUGAUUCCAUUGUGUCAGUUUGACAUGAAUUCUCUCCAUGAAGUGACCAUCUGCCAGUAUAUUUAAGAAAAUGGCUUUUGUGUUGAACUAGAGAUAUUUAAAAACAAAAGAAUAGUUUGUAUGUUCUUGACAGUAUAUUUUGUUUGAGGAAUAAAAAAUCUCUAUAUAUAUAUUUCCAGUUGGAUCUGUAAAAAAGCUCAGGGUACAUAUGUUAACAUAGAUUGCUCUUUGGGAUUGGCUUUAUUUGCACUUUUUUUUGGUGGUUUGAUGGUUUCUUGUCUUUCUGUGAAGAUGUUUAACCCUUGUGUGUCAAUAAAAAAAAGUUACUCUGAGGUUCUUAGAGGACACAAAUAUCAGUGUCAAAAAACUGCCAUAAUAAUAUUAUAUAUUAAUAUUAUUUUCCACUUUCAAUUAGUUAAUUUUUUUUUUAACCAACAUCAGUCCUGAUAAUAACUACCAAAUAUACAUAUUCAGUAUUUUAACCCUUUAAAUGCCAGUUUGUUUAAAUAAUGCCACUGUUGUUUUUUACACACACACAAAUUUCUCAAUACACGCAUACAAAACACACUCUGACGUCCAUACCAACACGCCCACAUAAUUUUAUAUGCAUCAUUCAUUCAGUUGUCCUGCAGUGCUCUAUAAUACAUCAAACAUAGAAUAGGGUAAAAGCAUGUAUUUGCUCCAUAGGCUUAACAUGAGUAAAAUACCACCAUCUGGUGGAAAAUAUUAAACAUGUCAAUUUUGAAGCCAGGGCUCUGAAAUGAAAGCAUAAUAUCAUAGAAUUCAUGAUUGUAUGAUUUAAUGGCACUGGGAUCAAAUAUUGCUGUUUUAAUUUUUGUCCUGAAGUUCCUGAGUGUAACUAUUUUUGUGUACACAAUGUAUUAGAGACGUAUUAUAGGAACUGAGGUUAAAAUAUCAAAAUCCUUCCCAAAAUACACACCUUUGGCUAAAUGUAUGCUGUUGGCAUUAACAUAGUCAAAAUGAUAGAACAAAAUGACUUCCCGAAAGUCACACAAGGGUUAAAAAACAAAUUUUGAUAGUGUCUUUGCAAGAAGAGGUGAUGUGAUGUUUUGGCAAAUAAUAUGUA